AGUUUUCGGUAGAACUGAAAGGUCGAGUGCAUCUACUUAUCUUUUCUAAUUAUCUCUUUGGCAAGUAUUUAUUAUUAGUUGAACGGCUAGUCUGUCGCAAUCAAGAACCAUCUCGCGUCGAUCAACAAUUUACCAUAGCAAAUUAGUCGAGUGCCGCAUCGGAUCGAGUGCGAAUCGCUCGUACGGAAUAAACGUGUGGUCAAAUGUCCGUCUUAAUUCUACGUAAAUAUAAACAAACAACAGACGAGCUAAUCACAGUUGCGCGCGUUUCCUUGUAACGCCAAAUAAAAUCAAGCAGGCAAUAAGACUAGAACAAACGAAUACUUUGCAGAUAAUCAGAAAAGGUGACUCAUAUUGGAGAAUAUAAGGAAGCUUUGACACCAAGCGGAGUGGAACACGCGACACAAAUACAAGAAAGUGUUCGCAAAUGAAAUAUGUGCCGUUUUAAGCUCGAAGUUAAGAACGAAGAAAGGAGACAGUUUUAAAAAACGAAGAUAAUCCCGUGUUCAUUUUGACGAUAAAAAUGUCAUUUUGAGGACAAAUGUCAACUAGAAGGAAGGAUCGUGUUGUGCCAUAAUCAAGUUAAAAGUUACGUUAUCUCUCGAAAUGUCAACGAUCUGAAAAUAUGAAAGUUUAGUUUCAGUAAUUUCUGCGUUCUGGAGAUACAGGAUUGUACAGCCCGAAACUGGAUUAAUUUACACGAAGAAAUAAGUUGAAAAUGCAGAGUAACAUUCUUUUCUUUCAUUUUCGAAUAAAUAGUUCGAAUGAUAAGUAGAUAAUUUUUGUUACGUCUAUAUACACAUAUGUAUAUACAAACAAAUAAUGUACACAUAUGUACAUACAUAUGUACACAAUAUCAGAACGUUUUUCUUUGUUAGGCUUUCAUUCCCAAUAUGCAGAACAGUUUAGGAAGAACAGAAUCAUUUCAACAAUCGAUAAGAAGUUUUCAGAGAACUGAAAAUAUUAAGUUAGAAGACUGUUACUUGUGUGUAUUGCGCGUAGCGAGUGUUGCAUGCAAUGUAGCAGUACUUUACGUCAUUUAUCAUUUAUAUGGCCAUAUUUAUUAUGAAAUGGAUUUGGAAUUGGAAAUUACAUGUGGAGAACUCUCAGACAUGUGCUUUUGUUACGGUGCAGCAGGCUGCAAUGGCACUAAAGCGCAAUGUUUAUACGACGCAAAAUAUCCCAAUGGGACUAUACCCAGCACAAAGAUAUUUUGUAAAAUAGUACAACGAUCGCAGGAUACAGGUUAACUACGAAGAUUGUUGCUGCUGAAAAAUGUGGCAGUAAUAGCAUCGUAUAUUGAAGGAAAAAUAUCUACAUACAUAGCUUCCAGAAAGUUCAGUAAUUAAAAAUAGAAAAUUUUCUCAGAAGAAAAAAUUUUUGCAAAUGGAUCUCGUUACUUGUUUCACGUUUCGUUCACGGACACCAGACCCCUUUCUUUUUAAAAUCGAGAAGGUUUGGAAUUGUUUAGAUUGCUUAGAAUAAAAAAAGUAACUUAUUUAUACUAUUAUUAUAUUCAUUAUAAAAAUAAACGAAAUUGUGUGCUUAUUUUUUAAAUGACGUUUUUUGUUAACAGUAGAGUAUCGGAAACGAGACUCGAUGAUAGUGCAACGUUGACCACAAAACGCUUUUAUUCCUAGUGUCCAUUUUUUUUUGGCAGAAUAUCAUCCAUAAGUAUUAGCGAUAUCCCUACUUAUCUCUGUUAGGAACGCUUUGAACGGGUUUAGCCGUGUUGCCAACUGAAGGACUUGGAAAAGUGAAACAGCCGAACAUGGCGGUCGCAACGAAUUCUUUCGAUACUUGGCUCAGCAAAAAAUUACAAGCUCUAAACACUGAUGAAGGUGUAUUUGGAUCAUAUAUCAAAGGAAUUUUAGAAGGUGAUGAGACGGAGGAUGAGAAGACCGAAGCCCUUGAAGUCAUACUCGCGGGCAUAACGGACGAUAACAUUAGCAAACUUGUGACUGAAAUCUUAAAAGUUUGGGCUGAAUGUCUACCUGUCGAAGAAGUAGGUGCUCCAAAAGUACCAGUAGAAGAUGUGGAUGUCAGAUUAGCAAGAAUGUUGGAAUCUCAGUCUCUUCCAACUACGACACAAAGAAGUUAUACAGAAGAGGAAAGGAGAAUAAGAGAAGCUAUUCUUGCGCAGUACAGUCAAAUGUCAGAAGAAGAGAACAGCGAAGGGGAUGGAGAAGAGGAUGGUGCAAAUGGUGGAGACUGUGGAAUCGAAAAGAAUACCAAUACAGCUGCUAUAAUACAACAGGAGAGAGAAAAGAGGGAAAAAGCUAAGUUGGAGAGUCAGAGAAAAAAAGAGAAAGACAAAGAAGAUCGAGAGAAACAGAAACAGUUAAGGGAAGAGAAGAAGGAGAAACGAAAAACACAGAAAGGAGAACGGAGAAGGUAGCAUUGGGACAAGAGGAUAUUAAGUUAUACUUCCAAAUUUGAAAUAAUCAAAUGCAAAUCAGCGUACAUAAAUAUCUAUGUUUAUUCUUGUGCAUGCAAUAUUCUUCAACAGUUACUUAAAUUAUUUAGUAAUUCUUUAGAAAUUUGUGUGUGUAGAAUGCAUAUCCUAAAAGAACACGAUAUGAGACAAGUAUCAAAAUAUACGCGUUUUGCAAAAAAUGUUAAUUCUAUGUAAUAAUGUUAACUAUAUCAUAUGUAUAUGUAUGUAAAACAUUGCAUCCUGUGCCUUCUGUCUGUUGAAAAUUUCUGUAAAAUGACGUAAUCUUCUUUAAAAUGAUUUUGUACUCAUUCUUUUUUAUUUUUUUUUUUUUUUUUUUGUAAAAUUCGAACUGAUCGUAUUCUCUAUCAUCUGUAUUUAUAUCGCUUUAAGUCAAUUUUCCAUCGAUAUGGAACUAUAAUCAAUGUAAAACAGUGAUAAUCCGAAUACAGAUAAAUGAUUUGUACUUAUUAUGCUUAGUAGUGUAUAUAUAUUAUAUAUAUAUAUAUAUAUAUGUUCCUUUUUCUCAUUAUAUAAAUUAUGUAUUUAAGACUAGUGCAUUAAAUAAACCAUUUAAACAUUCAUUCAAA